GCAGUCCAGCCCCGGGCAGGCAGGCCAGGCUGAAGCUCUGCACCUGACGGAUCUGCUUGCCGUGUUGCGUCGUGGUUUCAGACCACUAGACUGCGGGAGCGUCACGUCCGUCCGAGAUUUGUUCCGCGGAUCACUCUGAGCUUUGUCCCCUCAGGUCUCUCUCUCUCUCUCUCUCUCUCUCUCUCUCUCUCUCUCUCUCUCUCUCUCUCUCUCUCUCUCUCUGCCGCGGUCACACUUUACCAGUCGUCCAAGUCGUCGCUAAGCCCCAGUGGAUGUGGCUAAACUUGAGAGGUGAAUGGUGUGAAAACGGCUGGAAUGCAACAGGAUUAUCAUCUGACCUUAACUGGGGCAAAGACACCAGAUCAUUAGACCACACGUUUUCUGAUCUUGGCCACACUACAAUGCCUUUUGGGGCACAAUGUCUACAAUGAAACAAGUUAUUCUACAGGAUAAAGACCAAGAUGUGGAAAAGAACCUGAACUGGAGUUACAUUGAAUGGCUGGAAAAUGAAGUUGUCACCACAGGUGUGGCAAAUGCACAGACACAAACGGACUCUGGGCCCUUUGAGAACAAGGAGACACAGACUAGCAGCCCAGUGAUAAUGCACAUAGAUCUGGCCCGGACACACUCCAAGCUGAGACAUGCGUCCCUGGUGGAUGCUGACACCUUGGUGGCACCUUUGUUUCAGUUUGACCGGCAGGCCCCUGCGCGCAUCUCCACAUCUCCCACCUUGAGGAGGAUGAGGAGCACCCGACGUCCUCAGAUGGAUUCCCGGGAUCCCGUCAAGAUGGAAAGCACACAAGAGGAGCCUUCCACGGAAGGCACGCCAUCCCCCAUGAGCCCCUUAUCCCCAGGAUACAGGCAGUCUCCACUUGCAGCAAGCCCCCUCUCUGAUGGAGAGAUCUGUCGUGAUAUUCAGCCCAGUUCAUCCUCCGGCCGGCAGAGAACCAGAUCACAUAGAUCAAAGACUUUUGACAACGGGAUCACUUGCACGAGACAAGAAUCUCAGAGUGCUCAUCACACUGUUAGGAAUGAUUUUGAAUUUCCUGAUUGUGAAAUUCAGGAAAAGGAUCAUUGUCAUAACAGGCUUCAGGAGAGGAGGCGGAGCUCUGUGGUGGUCAGCUUGCCUGGAUUGGAUGUUUCACCAGGAGACCUGUUUGUAUCCAAUGGAGCGGCUGACAUACUGAACGGCUCCAACUUCUCUGAUACAAAGAAGUCAAAGUGGCCUUUUUUGAGGCGUAGUACGACUAAAGGGAAGAUACAAACAUGCACUGCAUCAGAUAUUGAGAAAUAUCUCUCAACAGCACAGAUUCAUGACUGGAGAAACACAGACUUUCAGAAAUAUAAGGGUUACUCUCUGGCAGAGUUCCUGCGAGACCAGUCCUCCCAGCUGAAGGACAGCUCUGACCCACAGGGCUUCAAGAGACAAGAGGCCAUCUGGGAACUCUUCACCAGCGAGUGUGUUUAUUUCCUGGAUCAGCUCAUGGUUCUCAAAGAGGUGUUUUUGGCCACACUCACUAACCUGCAGAUGAGGAACUGGCUGGCUGAUGUGGACUCCUGGAGGCUGUUUGCUAACCUCAAUGAGCUCUGUCUGGUGAGCUUUGGCUUCUUGAAUAACCUCCUACGAGUCAUCAAGGACACUUUGGAGAUUCCUGUGCAGGGUGGCGGGCCCACGCUGUUGGACUUGCUGUGCAGGGCUUUCCGUGAGAGCAUAUGCCACUGUCUGCAGAAGUACUGCCUCAACUACUCGACGGCUCUUGUUUAUCUGGACAGCCUGAAGCCCAGAGAGGACUUUGGAUCUUAUGUGAAGUGGUGUGAAAGGAACGAGCAGUGUCGCAGGCUGCAGCUGCGUGACCUGUUGGUGGCGCCGUUGCAGAGGUUAACCCGCUAUCCGCUCCUGUUGAGGAACAUUGCGAAGAGAUGCCAGACAGAGGAAGAGACAAGAAAGCUGCAAGUUAUAGCAGAGCAAGUGGACACAUCCAUAUGUGAUUUGGAGGGCAAGGUCAAAUGGCUGGAUAACUACCAGAAGGUGAAAAAGUUGAGGGAUGCCCUGGUGUGGCUGCCAGUGUGGGAGAGAGACAAGCGGGCCUUCGUUCCUGAGAACUUGAAACAUCUCUUGAAGGCUGUGACUCUGGAGAACCUCAUCUCUCACAGAAGUCUCCUGCAUGAAGGGAAAAUGGUGCUCACAGAAAACGCAAAGUUGAUUGAUGUGUAUCUGUUCCUGUUUGACGAAUUCCUCCUGAUCACAAAGAUAAAGAGGAACAAAAAGCGGUCCAUCGGUCCAGAGCAGAAUCCUCUGAGGCUGCCGCAGAACCUGGAGCUGGACCAGCUGCUGAAGGAGGGCUGCACCUUCACGGUUCUGGACCAGCCCAUGUCUCUGGACCGACUCCAGCUGAGGAACAUCGAUCAGCUCAAUGCCUCAACAUCAGGGCUCCCUCAUUCAUUCAUAAUCAUGCACCAGAACCGCUACCAGCAGUGCAUAGGUGCAUUCAUCGUGCAAGCUCCGUCAGAGUCUGUCAAGAGAGUGUGGAUGUCAAAGAUAGAGGGCGCUGUGACAGCACUGCUGAAGCUGGACUCCCAGCAGCCGCGAGUCAAGAGCUCCUCCCUGUGGCUGGAGUCUUCACAGAUAUGACUCCCAGGACUCAACUCCACAUCCCCCUGAAAGACCUACUGGCAGUGUGCACUGCAACAGUCCAUUAGGUCUUAUAAAAUACUGUGCUAGCUGUAGGAUGAUUUUGUAAAAUGAAUGUUUGCCUUGAAAGGCAGUUGCUGUAACGGACUUCAAUAAACUAUUGAUAAUGUAAUA